UAUGCAUUUUGUAGUCAUGAUCCUCUCUAUAUAUAAUAUCGAUCGUAUGCCUAUGAUUUAUCUAUAUCUACUACAAUUGUCAUAUAUCUAAUCAGAACAUGAAGAGUCCAAGAUUCGAAAAUUCCUUUGUUAUUUGUGUGAUUUCUAUAGUUUUGAUAUUUGGAUCACUAGCAGAAUGCAACCUUGAUUACCUUGCAAUCAAUUGCAGAAAACACAGUGCAGUUUUGACAGAUUUUGGUGGUGUUGGUGAUGGAAAAACCUCUAACACAAAAGCUUUUAAUACUGCAAUAACCAAACUUAGCCAGUAUGCAAAUGAUGGUGGUGCACAACUUAUUGUUCCACCAGGUAAAUGGUUAACUGGAAGCUUCAAUCUCACAAGCCAUUUCACUCUUUUUCUCCAAAAAGGCGCGGUCAUUCUUGGAUCUCAGGAUGAAUCACAAUGGCCUCAGCUUCCUCCUUUACCAUCUUAUGGAAGGGGAAGAGAUGCACCUGGUCCAAGGUUUAGUAGUCUCAUUUUCGGAACUCACCUCACCGACGUUAUAAUUACCGGUAACAACGGGACAAUUGAUGGACAAGGAUCAUAUUGGUGGGACAAGUUUCAUAAUAAACAAUUGAAAAUCACUAGGCCAUACAUGAUUGAGAUUUUGUAUUCUGAUCAAAUCCAAAUAUCAAAUCUCACUUUGAUCAAUUCCCCUUCUUGGUUUGUCCAUCCAACUUACAGCAGUAACAUAAUUAUAAAGGGUCUUACCAUUCUUGCACCAGUAGACUCUCCAAACACAGAUGGAAUAGACCCAGAUUCAUCUACGAACGUUAGGAUCGAAGACAACUACAUUGUCUCUGGUGAUGAUUGUAUUGCGAUAAAAAGUGGAUGGGAUCAAUAUGGAAUUAAAUUCGGAAAGCCAUCAAAACAAAUAAUCAUAAGAAGGCUAACAUGUAUAUCCCCAGAUAGUGCUAUGAUUGCUUUAGGGAGUGAAAUGUCGGGUGGAAUCGAAAAUGUAAGAGUUGAAGACGUAACUGCUAUCAAUACAGAAUCAGCUGUUAGAAUCAAAUCAGCCGUCGGUAGAGGCGGAUAUGUGAAGGACAUUUUUGUCAAAGGAGUGAAAUUGAACACAAUAUUGAGAUAUGUGUUUUGGUUGACAGGGUCUUAUGGAGACCACCCUGAUAAUGGAUUUGAUCCAAAAGCAUUGCCUAAAAUUACUGGAAUUAUUUUUAGAGAUGUUAUUGCUAAGAAUGUGACCGUUGCGGGGCAACUUGAAGGAAUUUCUAAUGAUCCUUUUACAGGGAUAUGUAUUUCUAAUGUGACUAUUGAAUUAAGCGAGCUUAAGAAGAAGAAGAAACUUCCAUGGAAUUGCACAGAUGUUUCUGGAGUUACAAGUAAUGUGGUUCCUAAACCAUGUGAUCUGCUGUCAGAGAAGAAAAUUGAAUGUCCCUUUCCAACAGAUAAAUUGGCUAUUGAAGAUGUUCAGUUCAAGACUUGUAACAUUAAAAGUAGUGUGUUCUGAUAAGUAGAGGUUUCUUCCAUUAUGUA